GUAAUUUUGGGGGGGAAUUGUUAAAUUGGAAAAUCUGUGUAGUGCAUAAAUGAAAUUUUAUACAUUGGGAGAGCCUGGCAAUAAAGUCUGAAGGAGAAGCGAAAUCGGCAGGGCAUUCUCCGCCUGCUCGCCACCGGAGGUCGACUGAGGAGAGAGAUCAGGUAUCAUGAGUGAAUCAUUUACAAUUCAAAUCAGCAGCAACUUGGUGAGUCACCUUCUUGAUGAUGGCAAGAAAGUAAAGAAGAAAACACGAAAACCCAAACCAAGGAUUCCUCGAGAGCCACCUCAGACAGCUCAUACAAAGCAGCUUGCUAAUGAUUCAAAUGCAAAAGGUCCCUCCUCAGCUGGAUGGCCUCUCGACACUCCCUUGUACUUGCCAGUUCCAUCUCAGCAAACGCCCAAAUAUCCAGAGUUAGAUUCCAUCAAAUCGGUCCUUCAUGAGAGUGAGAAAGUUGUUGAGCGGCUGCAGAAGCAGGAGGAGAGCCUGGUACAGGAGGUAACUCAAAGAGCCAAGGAACUCCACGAGAAAGAGUUCAAGCUUCCACAUCGCAAACCCAUGCCAUGUUCAGACCAGAAAGAUGCCUGCUUAACUUGCUACAAAGAACAUGUCAAAGACCCCUUGAAAUGCGCCCAAGUCGUCAAAGAUUUUGCUGAUUGCGCGCGCAGAGCCAGACAGCAAUUGGGCAUCAACAAUAAUUAGGUACCCUUUAGAUCCCUUCAUCCCCGAAAAACCAAUACCAAUACCAAAUCUUUUGUUGUUUCAUUUAAUAAACCUUAAUUUCCCCAUUGCUGCUCCCGAUAGGCCUCCAAACAGCUCUGAGCAGGCUUCGAUGGGUUGUUUCUUAUGAGACAUAUGUUUUCAUGUGUAGAUGGUUUCUACAUCGUCUCGACUAUUACUCCUUGAGGGCUAUAUUUUCAAGUGAAUGACUGUCUCUGUCAAGAUUGAUUGAGGAAAUGAGUGUAAAAUGUAGCACGUUAAUUUAGUUAGGAAUUCAGGGGAUUGAUCAUAUGAGUCGAGACAAUGCCAAGAUUUUGAAUAAGUUUCAUUUCUUGACUGAUUUCUUUCUUUCUAUUCAUGGUUUCGAUCAA